CGUUACCAACAGUUGCCGUCUUUCUGCCUGCUUCACACGAUUACGCAAAGGGAAGUCUUGAAAAUUGGGUGUUCGCAGAGGGGCUCUGCAAGCUAUCAGGUUUUUGAAAUCAAUCCUAAUAUGCAAUUGCAUAAUCUUAGAUCGUAUAUCAAUCGCCCCGGCGGCAUUGGGCGUCGACGAGUCGCCAGCAGGAUGCGUAUGGUAUUCACAGCUGCGCAGGCAAAAGAGGAUGGAUUUCUUGGCAGCUUCAAGGCCGUGGCGAAGAAGGUGCAGGGAUCUCUGCCUAUCGUCGGUCUUGUGUCACGGCUUGCAGCACCGGAGGGCGGCUUUGACGAGCUGGCAUAUCCGGAGUUCUGCCGCUCCAUCAUCGACAAGGCCACCGUGAGCUACCGGGUAGCGCAGGCAGAGCUCGAGAAGGCGUACGGCAAGCCCGCUAACAGCCGAUGGGUAUUGCUGGUACUGUGGAUGAGCAAGAUGGGUGUCGGUCUGGUACCAGCAAAGGACAUCAUUGCGGCCAGCCGGCGGCUCCGAGUUACGCAAGACAUCGAGAUUGAGGUGGACCGGUUCGAGAACGCGAAGGGAGCAGUGCUGAAGAAGUACGCGAUGAUGCAGCGGCCCGAAGGCAAGCUGGAGGAUAAAGUUAAUGUGGCGGUGGACGCGCUCUGCACGUUGUGCAUAGGUUUAAAAGAGGGUGAGGCCGUGCCGGACACCGCCGUCCCGCUGCUUCGAGACAUUGUGAAGGGCGCGUUCCCGGAGGCUAAUGUAAAUCAGGCGGUGGAAUUUUCAGGUUCAGCCAACAGCGGCCAGCUGAUGCCGGAGCCGAACGCACCGCAUUCUGAGCAAGCUGCGGGUCCCGCACAGCCGGCGCGACAAGCACAGCCCGUCGGCCCGAUUCGCGAAGCUGCCAUGGCUCAAAUGACUGAGAUGGCAAUUGCCGUCGCCAAACGGCUUCGCUUGGAGCAGUUGGACUCUUCUGAAAACGCGCCUCCCGCUGCCAGCAGCGAAACCCCGAGGCCGCCGAGCGCCUCCAAGAGCCACAAACACCACAGCGGCAGCAUCAACAGAAGCAACUCCCGAACCACUUCCGGUUACUCUGCCCUUCCACACGCAGUGCCGUCGUUAUCGCAGACGAACACUCCCAUCAAGCGGUCCGAGAGCACUGCCUCAACUUCGGGUCAUGGUGCCAGCCCAAGUCCAAACCGCAGUCGCAGUCGACCCGGAAGUGCGUCUCGUGGGCCUGCACCGGAUCCUACGGGUUCCUCUAGGGACGCCCACAUCAGCCGUAACAGCUCCCUUACCGAGAGAGCGGCCGCCGGUGCCAACCGCAGCCGUCGACGCCCGGAUCCUCUGGAAAAGGAUUUCCAGGACAACUGUGAAUUAGUUCCGUCGCCGAACCGCUCCUCAAGCCGCUCACAUCUCGCAGCUCGCCCGCCUUCUGGCCGGAUACGGCCGGAGAGCGCCCGGAGCCGAGGCUCCGGCGGCGGCGCUGCCCCCGACGGCAGCCCAGUGGCGGCGUCGAGCAGGUCGAGUCGAGCCGUUGGCAAUGGCGGCGUUAGCAGCAGCAGGAACGGCCGCAGCAGCCUCGAGCCUUUGGGGUACCCUUCUUGGCCAUCAGGUGUCGAUGGCGGCUACGAGGAGGCGACCCGCAGCCUGUCCCGCAGCGGCAGCCGGGGGCACCACGCCAGCGGCAGCGGAGGCGGUGGCAGCGGCAGGUUAGACAAUCAGUCAAGGCCCUCGGGGUCACCAACAAGGAGCACCCGAUCGGGUCGGGAUGCCAGCGCCGGCGGCGCAGGUAACGGUGGCGGCGUCAGCGGCUAUAACGGUUCCGCCGGCAAAUCCUCGCGUGCUCUGUCACGGGAUGACCAGAGGGGGUUCGAUAACCCGGACGUGUAUGGUCCGUCGCCCCGUGAUGCGUCUCGGCUCCUGCCGCCGCGUCCGCCUUCCGCACAGAGCGGUCGGCACCAGCAACGAGAGCCUUCACCGUCGCUGUCGCCGGCCCCGCCGCUGCACAUGGAGCUCCAACAAGGACUCCAUCAGCGGCAGCUGACGCCGUCCCCACCACAUCGCAGGCGGGAGUACAAUCUGGAACCUGCGCAGCAGCAGCAGCAGCAGCAACACCCUGAGCAAGUACAGCAGAAGGACGACCGACACCAUCGAGGUCGGAGUGAAAUGGAGAUGUGGCAUAAGCGGCCGGAAAAUCAGCAGAAGAAGCAUCACCGCGAGCAAGACUCCAGGUCGCCCAGCCGCAGCAGAUCCAGCAGCAGAAGGGAUCACACACUGCAUCGCCCCGCCAGCGGUGGCCCCGGCGGCAGCGGCAGCAGCGGCUGCAGCGGCAGCGGCCACAUCUCAGCUGUCGGCGGCCGAUUGGAGCGCUCCGCGUCCUUCAGCAGCCGUAGUGACGCACAUACGUCCAUACGGAGCGAUAUAGAGGUAGCAAUACGGGCCGAGUUGGCGGCAAUGGUGGCGGCGGCCGUGGCGAACUCCUCGCCUUCCAGCGCUAUAUCCGCUGGCGGAGCUCACGGACCCACUUUGGUCAGCCCCAGCGGCGUCAGGACGACCUCUCCACCCCCACGGCAGCUGCAACCCCACCCGCUCUCCCCAGGUGCCCUGAAAAUAGCUCCCGACACGGCGGCAGCGGCGGCGGCGACGGUGGCAGAACAGACCACGUCCCAUCUGCAUGCCAUCCAGGCCGCCGGUAUUGGCCCUACCACCUCCAUGGAUUUGGAGCAACGUCUCCCGUCCGCUGCUCCAGCGGCCGCCUCGUCACAGUCCCCGUCACAACCGGUAGCUGAGGCGGCACUCCCGCAGAACCGGUCGCAGCCCUGGGUAGGCGCGCUAGAUCCGCAGCUUUCCGAGCCCGUGUUGGGCGCCGUGGCGCCGCCGGCACCGCCGCCUUUCGCAACUCCUGUCUCGUCCCAGGCACAGCAGCGGCGGACAGCCUUGGAUUACGAAGAGGAAAUUGUCCCGGCGUUCCUGCCGGAAUCUGAGCUGCGGCCGCCGUCGUCAUCCUCCGCGGCGGCCGACGCGGUCGCUCCUGCUGCUGCGCUGACGCCCGCAGCGCUGGUGGCCCGGCUGCAAAUGCAAAGUCCGAGGACUCUCAGGAGCUCGAUUUCUUCGCUCCGUAGCGCUGCAUCCGGAACCCUGGCCGCUGCCGCUGCUGCCAGCUCUCCAUUGGUGCUGCGGCCAUCGGCGCGGUCACCGCUUGGCAUUUCGCGCGACGACGAGGGCGACGGUAAUCCUGCCGCCUCCGUUACUUCGUUGCCAGACUCUACCAGCCAGGUUCAACGAGUGGAGUCAUCGCUACAGCCUGACGGCAGUCGUGACAGCCCUGGCAAUGCCCCUGCUGGCGGACGCAGUGGCGCUGACGGAAGUAGCAACGGCCAAUCGGGCGGUGCGUACGGCGACGGCGGCGGUAGCUCAGGCGUUUGCGACGGCCGUGGCGAUUGGGACUACGGAUUUGGCUGCCCUCAGGACCCUGGGAAGGUCGGCUCCCAUAGCGAGAUGCAAGCGGCGGCAGGCGGCGCGCUGCCGCUUCUGUACGGCAGCGAGUGGGAGGAGCUCACGCACGAGGUUGUGUGGCGGGUGGCGCGGGCUUACGGGUUCCAGGUGUUCAACCUCAACCCCGAAACCAAGUCCAAUCCCGCACCUCAGUGGACUCCGGCCACUGCCUUUUUGGUUUCAGAGCAUCUGUGCCGUAUUCUCGUACGGAAUAUGCUCCCCCGGAUGAAACCGCCAGCCAGCGCCAUGCACCCCGCCGCAUCCUCACUCGUGGGGGAAAACGCCAGCGCCAGCGCUAGCGCAGCCGGCGUCUCCAACAGCAUGUACAGCCAAGCUCGCCCAGCCUCAACUGCGGCCGCCUUCCCAGGGGAAUCGGUUACCUCAGCCGCCGCAUACUCGCUCUUUCCCAACAUUGCACCUGGCGGCGCCGCCGCGGCGGCGGAAACCGUCGCUACCGCCGCCGGCGGGCCGCGCUUCGCUAUGGCGGUGUACGAACUGCACAAUACUGUGUUUUGCAUGUACGAGCAGCGCUGGUGUCCUCAUCUGGACCUGCGGCCACGACCCCGCGAUCUGCAGCGCACCUUGGAAACGAGCCGCUGGGCUGACGGCGCUGCGCUGAACGGGCUGCUGUCGGAGCUGGCGUUGUACUUUUUGCUGUACAGCGAGGCCGCCAAUCUGCGGCACACGCCGGAGCUGAUGUGGUUUCUGUUCUGGGCGGCAAUCCACAGCCCGCCGAUGGAGCGCUUGUGGCGGGAGGGAUUUCCCUCCGUGCAGGGUGAAAACCGCGGAGCCUGGGGCCGUCGCAUCCGACUGCGGAAUCAGUUUCAGCGGGAGAUUGCGGCGCUGCAGGCGGAGGUGGGGGCCCCCCCUGGCGCCAAUCCGCGGCCGCCGCCACCACCAGAUCGGCUUCCGGGGCCCGUACCGCCUGACCUGGCCGCGGUCGCGCUUCCUGCCUUCUCCGCUGCCGUGACGGAGGCGCUACUGGCCGCCGCCGCCGCGGCCGCCGCCGCUGCGGCAGCGUCAGCGCCGCCACCGCCACCGUCACGAACCAGCUGUCUGGGCUUGUUGUCUCCAACUGACGCUGACCUGCUUGCUGACCUGGCAGCGUACGGCGAUGGCGGUUUUGUAACCGACCGAAUCGUGACGCCGCUGUUCUACUUUCUUAGCCAUGAGAUGGACGCGUUAUUCGACGCGGGCGUGGAGGUGGCGCACAGACUGGGCUACGACGACGUGAACGAGUCGAUGUGUCGGCGGGACGUGGUGGACAAUUUGCUGUACACGCUGGGUGUCACCGAGGAGGCCCUGGUGUUCGGCGAGGUGUUGGACCUGUGGAGGGCCCUCUCGGACCUGGGUUGCCCCUGUCCGGAGCAGCCUCCCAUGCCGAGCCACAUACCCCGCGCCCCGGGACCCUUUGACGCGCAACUGGCCGCUAACUUUUGGAGCGCGGAGGUGUUUGUCAAGACAUUUCGCGAGCGGCGCAGCUGGGCGGCUGUCUUCCGGGCUUUUUUCCGGGUCUACUGCCUCCAGCUGGUGCUGCUCACUCUCAUCAUGGCUACGGCCUUUGCCCCGGGAGAUGCGGGGGCGCUCUCCAGUGCGGUUAUUUCCCACGUGUGGCUGGCAGCCGCGGAACGGGUGGCCAACUGGUGGCUGAGCAGAAAUCCCCCCGACCCCCUGAUGUCGCAGCUGCCGCUGCCGCUGCUGCAACCUGUAGCGAGGAUGGCAGGGGGAGCGGCGGCAGUGGCGCAGGCGUGGGUCAGGGUGGUGGUGGCGGAGGUCGAGGUCCCCGUAGAGGUCGACUUUGGAGUGUCGGCUUAUUCGGAAUUUGCAGUGGCAGUUUCCAAACCCCAACCCAACCGCACGGUCAGCUCUACCCUUUUGCUGACGUACUUCCUUCGGACCAUUGGGGCUGAGGCUUCCGGGCUGCUUGCUGGGGCCCCCGGGUCCUCCGCCGUCGCCGGCUCGGAGGAGCCCCGGGAGGAGGACACCGCUGUGCCCCCGCCGCCGGUGGUGGUGGAGGCCGAGUCACCUCACGCCGCCCGCGCCCGCCGUCGACUUGUCCGUAUGGAGGGGCAGCCCCUGCUCGGUGGCUUGGUGGGCUGCUUUGACUGGGCGCUUGGGGCAAUGAUCCUGACGGCCUUGUACGUGCUGUACUUGAAGGCCCCCGGGGGUGGGGGUGUCCUCCACAGGCUGCAUGUGGGGCUACAGAGGUGGUGGCUGCCGUUUUCAGCGGCGUACGGCGGUGUGGUGGUGCUGCUCGGAGUGCUCACGACGAGGAUGGGAUACCGAGUGAGCGCCUUGUCCAGCCUGCCCACACUGCGGGCUGUGCUGUCCUGCCACAGCGCCAUGCCCCCCGCCGCCUGCUGGCUGGAGGGUCACCUAGGAGUGGACUGGAGGGCCUGGGCAGUCAACACCGCGCUGUGGGCGCUGAUCCUGACCAUGAAGGUCGCCUUUGAGUAUUACAUUAUUGCCAAGCCGCUGGUCCGCCCGAUGCGUGUCUUACUGAGCCACAAUCUGCCAGGCUGCAGCUCCUGGCCCUGCAACAACGUCAGCUGGGUCUUGGCAGCGCUCCGUGUGCUGCCGCUGUUAUUGGUUUGUCUAGCUGACACGUCCAUCAUUUACAACGUGGUCAUGGCGAUGUUUGGCAUUCUCCGCGGCCUGCUGAGGCUGGAUUUGGGUACGGUGGCGUCCUGGGAGGAGCUGCGAGCGGCCUUUCAUCGGGGACCUGUCCGCUGGUGGCGGCGGUGCAUGUCGGCGGAAGGUGUCUCGAGCCACCGCCGCGCCCUGCGGCGGCAGCUCAUGGAGGGGGGCCAGGACCGCGCUGCGGUGGAGGCGUUUGUUCCGGAGACGCCGCCGCCGGCGCCGGUUAGUAACAGCAGUGACGAUGAAGACGGCAGCGCCGCCGUCGGCGGUGAUGACGACGACAGUGGUGCCGGCGCGGAAGAUGAUGUUGAUGCGGAAGGUGCCGGCAACAAUGUUGAUGCGGAAGGAUACGACAGUAAGGAUGAGGAGGUACGUCGUGGCGGCGGUGCUGCCACCGCCACGACGCGUGCUAGCGGCAUGAGCGCGUUAAUUUGGCCAUUGCGACCCGCGGGUCGUGAGGCGCGGUGGGCGAGGGAGCGGCGCAUGUUGGGCCGUAUUCGGGAGAAUGGUGGCGCCAGCGCGAUGGGGCUAAUGGAGGUACGGGAUGCCGACUCGCUGCAGACGGAGAUGCUGCAACCGGCUGGGCGCUGGGCCACCGAGCCAGCGCUGCCGCCGAUGAUGGUGACGAGUACGACAGGUGGCGGCCGCCGCCGCAUGGGGACCGCCACGGGUGGCAGCGCCUCUAGCAGCCUUAGGGCCGGAGGCGGAGGCGACGGCGGUGAUGCCGGAGAGCUGGGACAGCGGCGGCGGGGCCCGAUGCGGCGGUUGCCUACCCCUAGCGACGGCGGUAGCAUGGACAGGAGCCGUCGGCGAUUUAGUGAGGGCGGCGGCGCCAGGGCUGUAGCGGAAGGAAUAGAGCUGGCGAUAAAUGGCAAUGUUGCUUUGAAUUACCCUCGCAGCGGCGGUGGAGCCGCCGCCUGCGGCCGCGUCAGAGGCCGCUGGUUUGUGAGCAGCGGCGGUGCCGCCCGCGCCACCUCCAGUGCCUCAGUCUCCGCCGGCCCCGCCGACGUCACCGUCGGGCACCUUCGGCGGACUCGCAGCAGCGGCUCUGAUAUGGAGGUGGAGCCCCAAGCCGGGGGCCUUGUCAGUCCAGUCGUCCGUACACCAGCCAAAGCACCGGAUGUGACCGGCUUGUGGCAGAGGAUAUCGCGGAGGCCGACGCAUGUGGAGGGGGCCCGCGGCGGCGGCGGCAGGCGAAGUCAUGGCGGCGGCGGCGGCGGCGGCUCCGCCACCACCGCUGUCGGCAGCGCCGCUUCCGGUAAUACGCCGUCGAGGGGCUGGAACAUCUUUACUCGUAACAAUUCUGUUGUACCGCUCCCGCUGUCGCCGCCGUCAGCGGUGCCGCCGGCGGCGCCGCCGGUGCAUCAGCUGAGUCCGCCGCGGAUAAGUUGCAGGGCGUCAUCGCUGGGUGGUGGCACGGCUGGAACUAGCGGAGUUGGUUGUCACGACAUCACUCGGCGACGGCUUGCGUUUGUUGACGUCUGCGAGUCCCCUGGACCGGUUGCGGAGGCCACCACGUCAACACUUGUUGGUCACACUCGCCUGACGCGCCGCGAGGCCGCCUCUCCUGCCUUAAAUGGCGGACAGCCGCCUCCGUCGCCGCCCAGCAGCGUGUACGGCAGCCGCCGUGGUGUAACAACUCCCUCCCCUGACGGCUGGCGACAGCGGGAUCAGGACUAUUGGCAACGGCGGCAGCGGCAGCUACAACUGGUAGCGGCGGAGUCGACGGCGCCGCCGUCGACUCCUCCUCCUCCUCCGCCGCCGCCGCCGCCGCCGCUGCAGGCUACCCCUUCGCGGUCACAGCCGCCAAAGCUGCUCACACGGCCAAGCCUCGAUUCUAUUUCAGGACUCUCUACGGACCGAGACGAACCCGAGCUGGCUGGGGAUGGAGAGCGGGAAGUACGGCAGGCGGCGUCGCGGUCCCGUCAGGCGACACCGGCAGCGGCGGCGGAGGAAAGGCCGUCAGGAGCAGGACUUGGCUUUGCAGCUAUUCACCGCGGGCGGUUGCGACGGCGUUCGGCGGGGUCGGGUGCGGAAACGACGGAGCGAGAUCGUGUCGUCGGUCUGCAACGAACUGAAGACCUCAGCCUGGGCGUUCUGCUGUCGCGUCAGAACGGAGAUCUGGCAAUGUGGGAUGCCUUCGCCCAGGUUUGGGAUGGCAUUGUGGACGAUUUGCGAGCAGCGGACCUGAUCAGCGACAGAGAGGCAGGGAACCUUCGUUUCAUGCGGCUUGGGCAUUUCCAGGGCCGCCACGCUCUGAGGCCCAUCCUGCUUCCCGCCUUUUUCUACGCCGGCGUGGCUCAGGCCUACGUGGACACGGGCCUGCUGGGGCCCGGCGGGGGCGGUAGUGGGGGCGGAGGGGCCACCACCACCAUCCUCACGGAGCUGCGGUCGCUGCUGGUCUGGCUGGCGUGUGAGCUGAGGCUGCUGUCGGAGGUGCAAGCGGAGGUGGUCAUGGAUGCGGCGUUUCUUCACGCCACAGCGGAUGUGGAACACGCCAACUGCCGCGGCAAGAUGCUACAAGCCGGCCAGGCCCUCGUAAAGCAACUUGCGGAGCUUUGCGCCGCUGCGACAAAGCACCAGCAACAGCAGCUGAAGCAGCACCGAGAGCUCCUCCGCCAACAGCACCAUUACCAGCAACGGCAACAGCAGCACCAGCAACAAGCAGCAACUGCCAGUCCCGUUAGUAGAGUGCACUUUGGCGAAAAGGCGAUGUCGCAGCAGCGAUCAUCGCCGCAGUCUGGGGAUUCCGGCGGCGGAGUGGGCGCCGGCGGCGGGGCCGGCGGUGAUGGCGAGCUAGGAAGUCGGGCGGCAGUCGCGGGUCGAGCUACGUUGUCACAGCGACAGGCUGCCGCUGCCGCAGCUCACGCGCUUGUGUCCUCGCACGUGGGAGCCAUUGGCGGCAGUUUGCGGGAGGUGCUGGAAGCCCUGGCCGGAGAGGCGAGGGCCAUGCAGCGGGCGGUGUCGUCGGGACGGCUAGCUAGUGAGUCACUAGCUGCGGCAGUACGGCUGGAGGAGGUUGCCAAGCAGGUACUCGCGGACUUGUCAACUCACCCAGAGUUCCUCUCCUCGUGCCUCGGCAACCUAGUGUCUCGCAACUUCCCUGUCGCGCCCACGACUCCGCCCUCCGGAGCCACCGCCGCCGCCUUUGCCGCCGGCGCCGCCGCACCUGAGCCAGAAGACGGCGCAGCGGAGAGCCCAACGGCAAGUAGCAGCGGCAGCGUGGUUGGCGGCGCACCGAUGGCCUGCGAGCCCGUCAGCGCCCUGUCCGCGACCCACAUGCAAAGCCCGCAAUCCGUCCUACCGUCCAACUUUGCCGGUGCCACCCCCGGGCCGGCGGAGGCGCACCUCGGCGGCAGGGCCGGCAACCCUAGACCCGGGGUCGGCAGUACACACCCGCACAGAAUCGCCGACAUGGAGGUUUCACCUUGGAUUUGCACCCCCCCGGCAGCUGCCGAGGCCACCACAAUGGCGACUGCGCCUUACGCCGCCACCGCCACUACGGCCUCCUUGCCGCCAGCACUGGUGCCGCCCGUACGGGUACGAACACCUGAGGGGCUCUUUUUGGCUGCCGGAGGCGGAGGAGAACCGACCCGACCCGGGGGCCGUUUUGGGUCCAGCUGGGGCUCGGGGGUCUCGAACUCGGCGGCUGCUGCGCCGCCCCUGGAGCCCGAGGUGGCCCUCCGUAUCCGUGUGGUGGAGGUGCUCGUGAAGAUGUUGACCACCCCUGCCAGCGCGUGUCGGCCUGCGGGCGCAGAGGCACUUCGCAUCCUGGGCUUCUUCAUCAACAGCUUGUCGAAUCCGGGGCUCAAGAAGCCGCCGCCAUUGAGCGACAUGUUGAGUUGGAGUGUACUGACGCCCUGCUACGAAGAGGAUGUGUUGUACCCUCUGAGUGCUGACGUGGCCGCCCGGCAGCUGGGCUUGGCUCCCCCGCCGCCCUCGGGCCCUGGGCGGCCCCCGGACCUCCUCUCGGAGACAGAGGACAACGUGUCGCUCAUGGCAUACCUCAGAUCCGUAUUCCCCGCUGACUGGAAGAACUUCAUGGAGCGACUGAGUGACAUGUUGGGGGGGGCGGACCUGAGCCGGGUCACUGAGAACGACUUCGCACCCAUGGGGCCGCUGCACGCACUGGCGCCGGAGCUGCAGCUGUGGGCCACGUACAGGGGCCAGCUUCUGGGUCGUACAGUGCGAGGCAUGAUGUGCUACCGCCGUGCCGUACGCAUGCUGGUAGAGCUGGAGUACCCCAGGCCUGCGGGUGUUAGUCUCGCUGCCUACAACUCGUGGGCAGAAGCGCUGGUGGAUUGCAAGUUCCAGUACGUGUGUACUUGCCAGGUGUACGGCAAGAACCGCAAGGCAGCGGACAUUCGACGGCGCUGGCUAGCGGAGGGCGUUGACUCCCUCUGUCUGGAGUUCCCGGCGUUGAGAGUGGCGUACCUGGACACGGCGGUCACGUCGUACGGCCCCACGGACUACAGUGUACUACUGCGGGGGAAUCCCAACCACCCGGACGCCCUCGCGGGGGCCGCCAGAGGGGUGGCCUCAGCAGAAGCCGCUGCGACUGCGGGGGCCGCUGGCGAUGGCCGCCUUGGAGUAGCGCCCGUACAGCCACCGCCACCGCCACCGCUGCAGCCGCAGCCGCUAACACCAUCACCUCCACCGCCUCCAAAGCUACAGCCGCAGCUGCCAACGCCGGUACCACGCGCACUCUUUUCGCAACACUCUUUGUCUGUCGCUGACGAUGCCUGCUGCCAGAUUGGCAGGGCGGAUAGCAAGGGCGGCAUGAAAUGCAAGGACAGUGGCAGCAGCAACAAAGAUUGUGAAGUUGCAGCUGCCUGUUGCACGACGCCGGCGCAUGACCCUGCUGAUGCCGCCGGUGGCGGAGCCGCCGCUGCCAGCAGUGGCACCGCAGCCACUGCCACCACCGCCGCCGGGAACGACAGCCCCACCCUGGAGUUAUACCGAGUACGUCUGCCGUACAACCGUUACGGCAAACGCGGUGUCAUCCUGGGUGAGGGCAAGCCCGAGAACCAGAAUCACGCGGCCAUCUUUUGCUUUGGCGAGGCGCUUCAGACGAUCGACAUGAACCAGGACAAUGCCCUCGCGGAGGCGCUCAAGAUGCGGAACCUGCUAGGGGAGCUGGCUCCGGAUCCCGCCCCCCGGCGGCUGCAGGCUGUGGCCUCUCACCCCCGUGGCUCCACCUCCUCAGAGAGCCAUCGCCGAGCCAUUGCGGCGAGGACGGCACGGGAGGUGCCUGUGGCACUGGUGGGCUUCCGCGAGUGGAUCUUUUCCGACGUGUCUGGCGCUCUGGGUACCUUUGCUGCGGCCUGUGAGCUGGCUUUCGGCACCAUUGUUCAGCGCACCAUGAGCUACCCGGGUCGGGUGAGGCUGCACUACGGCCACCCCGAUGUCUUCAACAAGAUGCACAUCAUGACCAGGGGUGGCGUAUCCAAGGCCACUCGGCAGCUGCACAUCAGUGAGGACGUGUUUGGUGGGUUUAAUCAGCUCCUCAGGGGGGGCCAGAUCAAGUACAAGGAGUACAUCAGCUGCGGCAAGGGCCGCGACAUGGGCUUCGACUCGAUCAACGCCUUUGAGAUCAAGAUUAGCGGCGGCGGUGGCGAGUGCGUCGUGAGCCGCGACGUGGCUCGAUUGGGUCCCCGUAUGGACCUUGCUCGGUUGCUUCACUUCUACCACAGCGGCCCCGGCUACUACAUCAACUCGCUGUUCAUCAUGACGGCCGUGUGGCUGAACAUCUGGGUGGUGGCGGUGUUUGCUCUGGCUCGGGCAUCUACUGUACAGCGGGUGGGUGCCGACGGUGAACUGCACUUAGAGGACACGUUGCGUGUGGAGCACGCGCUGUCUUUGGGGCCGCUGAUGUUGCUGCCGUACGCAGCCCAGCUUUUGCUGGAGUGGGGUGUACUGCGCACCUUCGCCACGUUGGCGUUACAGAUUGUAUCUGGCAGUGUGGCUUUUGCGGUGUUUCGGCAGCAGACUACGGCGUACUAUUUCAAGGACGACAUAACGUACGGCGGAGCACGUUACAUCUCCACGGGCCGCGGUUUCUCCAUCACCAGCUCCGCCUUCACAACACUCUUCACCAACUACGCUCGCUCGCAUCUGUACCCCGGCAUGGAGCUCCUGCACUUGCUCAUUCUGUACGCCUCCGUCCGGGACUGCAAGACCUGCUCCUUUGCCGCCGUGACGUGGGGCACCUGGCUGGUGGCUAUUGCGCUGCUGUUCUCACCCUUUUGGUUUAACCCGAUGGCCUUCACCCGGGAGAAGGUCAGCAGGGACUGGUCGUCCUGGCUGGGCUGGAUGCGGGGAGAGGUGGACCAGGCGACUGGAAACAACUGGCACUCGUGGAACAGGAAGCAGCUGGAGAAGGUCCGCAACGAGCGGGGCACCGUCACGGACCCGGGGCUCAACGUGGUCAGCAGGCUCCUGGAGGAGGUGGUCCCCCGGCUGGUGCUGGUGGUGGCGGCAGUGUCCCGGCUGGACCUCAGGAUUGAUGUGGGCCACCGGCAGCUGACCUCCCCGCUGAUCUUCUUCACGGGCGCCACCGCUAUCAUCUGGCUGGUGACGUUGCUCAGCUGGGCCCUGCAGCGCCACUUUCAGGAGCGCGGGCGAGGCAGGGCCUGGCGACUGUAUAGGGUGAUGCUCAGUGCGCUGGUGGCGGCGGCGCUGGUCAGCUACUCGGUGUUUGCAGUCCGCUUCUUCCGGGGCCCGGCCAUGUCCAACCUAGCACUGCUGCUGUACGCCAACAGCCAGCUCGUACUUGCCGUACAUCGAGCCCUGGAGCAGCUCGCUCCCACGUCCGCCGCCGCGCGCGCUCUCGUGGACCAGGGUUACUGGCUCAUCGACUGGGGGCUGCAGACGCGGUUGCUAUUCAACUCGAAUUUCGCGGCCAGCAUCCGACGUGGCAAACUGGUUCGGUCCACGGGCCUUAUGAAGCUGGAUGAGGAGCAGAGGUGGCGGAACGAAGAAAAAUGA